AGCUUCAGGAGCCAUCCCUGUAUGCCUGUGGGAUGUUUCCCCUCCAAGUGUCCGUCAGAAGGAGGAGUUUAACCCCACAUUGUCUGGGAGGAGUCCGCAGUCUCCAGCGCUGCGUCCCAGCCGGGAACACUAGCUCGGAGAGCCGGGGAAGUACUCUCCAAGAAAAUCCCGCUAAUUCUGCGUCUGAAACUCUAACGAGAGGCACGUUUACCGGCUCCGAGUUGGCUGAGAGAAAGCGACCGCAAGAAUAGGCAUGUUUCGUCAGAGCGGACGGUAACCGAUGAGCUUAACACCGAAGGAAAGAGUCUGUUCUGAGAGAUGAUGCACACAGAUCCGUGCACAUAGGAGAAGUGCACUCUGAGAAGAGACUUUAAAACAGGCAUCAAUGGGAAAUUCAGAGAGCCAGUACAGCAUCCAGGGCCCCAAGGGCACCAGCUUUAUCUUCCCUGGGAAGCAAAAGCCAUAUUCACUGAAGUUCCGCUCAACCAAAGAUGAGGUCCUCUCCCCCCAGACUUGGUGGAAAAAUGUCCCAGGGGGCUCAGGAUACAAAGCCAGAUGUGUCGGCCGCGGCUGUCUGUCGCCCCCGAAAAGCCGCCAGCCCUACUCUGCUCGGCACUAUGACUAUGUUUCAAAGGGAGCAAGGGGUAGCCCUAGCCAGCAUCGUUGGCAUCGAUCCCCUGGAUGUGGUUUACCAAGGCGGCAUGUGUCAGAUGACUAUGAAGAUAAUCCUUAUGGAGCUGAGCUUAACGGGCACACCCUUAAUGGACACAGUGAUGAGCAUGAGGGUUUAGAGGAGCAGAGCAGCCCGCGUGUGGUGAUCAAGAAGGAUGGCAGUCUUCGGGUGGAGUUCACCAACAGCUCAGGCAGUGCUCUCCUCCUGGAUGAAGCCUCUGGCCCGGUACAGCUCCUCAAGUUCUCCCCUAACCUGGAGUCCGGCUCCACCCCCAGUCUGCCAGGCUCCAGUGGCAGGAGGCCGGAGGUCCACCGAAGUGGCCCCCCACCAGCCUCUACCUCCUCCACAGCCAGGACUAGCAAGGGAAGCUCUCUGAGCUCUGAGGGGUCCUGGUAUGACUCGCCAUGGGGACCGAGCACGGAGCUCUGUGAACAGGACCAACCCUGCCCUGCCAGCAGGACACUUGUCCACUCCCCCAUCCACCAACUUGACUCUUUCACAGAACAGUCUCCCCCUGGGUCCAUCACAGACUUCUACAGGGACCCCACUAUGGCUGCUACCUUCCCCACAGCCAGGGACCUGUCCUCCCAGUUCCAGGACCCUCCACCAAGCCAGAGGCCUCACCGAGCCUCCUUCGCAUCAGCUCUUGAUGUGCCUGUGGCGGAAGAAUGUCCUGAGGCCCGGCCAUACUCAUCAUACACCCUUCCCUGCCGCAGGCCAAAAGCCCACACCAUGAGUGAGGACCUGGACCACUACCCUGACCCAGACCAGUACCAGGAGCAGGUUGGACCAGAUCUGAGCUUCCACAAGAAAGGCUCAAUCAAGAACCGCAUUAGACGCCUCAGUGACUGGACAGGCAGCCUUAGCCGAAAGAAGAGGAAAUCUCAUGAGCCCAGGUACAAGGACCCCAGUGAUGCCUUUGACAGUGGAGUUGAUGGCCUUACUGCAGACACCAGCUCUCCCUCUCAAGUCUCUAGCCUCCUCUGGUUCCCGGGAGCCUCCAGGGCCCAAUCAUCAGGGGCCCUUCACCACGCAACCAGCGAUGUCCUCCGCCAGAACAUCUACGAGAACUUCAUGAGGGAGUUGGAGACUGGCAUUGGCCAGGGGAACGGAGGGGAAGGAGGUGAGAGAAGAGACCCAUCCACAGGCACCGAAGAAGGGGAGAGCAGCAGUGAGUCAGCUGAGGGCUCUUUGGAGCAGCUGGACCUGCUGUUUGAGAAGGAGCAGGGAGUGGUGAGACGGGCAGGCUGGCUCUCCUUCAAACCUCUUCUCACUCUGCACAAGGACAGGAAGCUGGAGCUGGUUGCCCGCCGCAAGUGGAAACACUACUGGGUGACACUGAAAGGAUGCACAUUGUUGUUCUAUGAGACAUAUGGGAAAGGCUCUCCAGAGCAGGAGCUGACGCCUCGUUACGCCCUCUUGGCUGAGGACAGUAUCGUCCAGGCUGUCCCCGAGCACCCCAAGAAGGAGAAUGUCUUCUGCCUCAGCAACACAUAUGGAGACGUCUACCUCUUCCAGGCCAGUAACCAGACAGACCUGGAGAACUGGGUGACAGCCAUCCACUCUGCCAGUGCCUCGCUGCUGGCCAAGCGCCAGGGAAAGGAGGACACAGUGCGUCUGCUGAGGUCCCAGGUCCGUGGACUGCUGCAAAAGAUUGACAUGGACGGGAAGAUGAAGAAGAUGGCCGAGUUGCAGUUGACUGUUGUCAACGACCCCAAGAACCGCAAGGCCAUUGAAAACCAGAUCCAGCAGUGGGAGCAGAACCUGGAGAGGUUCAACAUGGAUCUGUUCAGGAUGCGCUGCUACCUGGCCAGCCUGCAAGGUGGAGAACUGCCCAACCCGAAAAGCCUGCUGGCCAUCGCCAGCCGCCCCACCAAGACCACCCUUGGACGCCUCGGCAUCUUCUCUGUCUCGUCCUUCCACGCACUGAUCUGUUCCAGAGAUGAGGCCACACUGAGGAGACGCUCGGUGUCCCUGACUUACAGACACCGCAAGAGAGGCCUUUUCUCCUCGCUCAAAGGCCUGGACAACCUCACCAAGAGAGGCCGGGACAAGAGACCCUCUGCACCACAGAUCUUUGAGAAUGACACCGGGGGUCAAGUGUACUUCCUUCCUCCCAGCAGCACUGAGAGGCUGGACGUGCUGGCCAACAUCUACUCCAUGUCGCCCCCUGAAGGCGGUGUGUGGGACGGCAGCAAUGGUGCCACAGAGGUGCUAACCUGCAUCUACAUGCCAGACAGCCUGACGGUCCAAGUUCCUGCCAGAGGAGAGCAGACAGCCGCCGUCCUCCUCUCCUCUGCCUGCAAGGUGAAACAGCUGGACCCGGGCUUGCACUGCCUCCGUGCGCACAGGCAAGUGGGACAGGAUGUGGAGGUUCGACACUUGGCUCCCAACGAGCUCCUCCGAGACGUGGUGCAUGACAAGUUGGAGGUGGUUCCUUUGAAUGUAUUCACUCUGCACAUGAGCAGGCCAAGCGGCACUGGAGACUUCGGGUUUGCAGUAACAGGACACAUCGACGCUCAGAAGAACAGCAGGAUCUUUGUCAGCGAGGUGCUUCCUGAUGGCCUGGCCUUCAGUGAAGGUUUGCGCCCAGGCGAUGAGAUCCUGGUGCUGAACGGUCGCUGUGUUUCGGGUCUGGACCUGGCACUGAUCCAGACGCUGUUCGCCGAGCAGACCCUCCAUUUGAGCCUGAGACGUGAUGGCCCGCUGCCUCCUGCACACUGCCCCGUCCCGCCUCCCAGACACAACCAGGAGGCUCACAGCAAGCACCACCGAGCCAAGUCCUCCUCAGAUGUGUGCACUAUGGCUGAUGGCGGCGAGUCCCUGGGCUUCAGAGUGGAGAACGGUCACUCCCAUCAUGCACAUAGGCCUGUUCAACUCAGCAAGAGUGUGGACACGGUGUGCACUCUCUACCAGUCCUUCCAGGAUGGGGCAGGACCAGGCUCUGGGGGUCUAAUGGAGGACGCCAAAGAGCCCACGGCAGGACAGGGACCAGGCUUAGGGUCGGGUCCCAGGGGAGAGGCCACCCUGGUCAGGCCCUGCCCGAAGCACAUGAGCGCCACUGAGAGACUGCGCAAGGUCAUCCAGGAGCUGGUGGACACGGAAAAGUCCUAUGUGAAGGACCUGGCCUGCCUGUUCGAGAUCUACCUGAAGCCCCUGCAGAAUGAAACUUUCCUCACACACGAUGAGAUGGAGAGCCUGUUUGGCAGCCUGCCAGAGAUGCUGGACUUCCAGAGGGUCUUCCUACAGACGCUGGAGGAGAGGAUCGCCUCCUCACCCGACUUCAGCACCCUGGAGACCCCUGCACAGUUCAAGAAGCUGUUGUUUUCUCUGGGGGGUUCGUUCCUCUACUACGCCGACCACUUCAAGCUCUACAGCGGCUUCUGUGCCAACCACAUCAAGGUGCAGAAGGUCCUGGAGAGAGCCAAGACGGACCAGGCCUUCAAGGAAUUUCUGGAUGCAAGAAACCCCACCAAACAGCACUCGUCCACCCUCGAGUCCUACCUAAUCAAACCGGUGCAGAGGGUGCUCAAGUACCCCCUGCUGCUGAGGGAGCUGGUCUCCCUAACUGAUGCAGACAGCGAGGAGCACUACCACCUCAACGAGGCCUUGAAAGCCAUGGAGAAGGUGGCCAGCCACAUCAAUGAGAUGCAGAAGAUCUAUGAGGACUACGGCUCCGUCUUUGACCAGCUAGUUGCCGAGCAGACAGGCCAUGACAAAGAGGUCACAGAAAUCUCUAUGGGAGAGUUUCUCAUGCAUUCCUCAGCAGUCUGGCUCAAUCCCCACCCAUCUCUGGGCCGCAUGAGAAAAGACCCUGAAAUGACCGUGUUUGUGUUCAAGAAAGCGGUGAUACUGGUCUACAGGGAGAACAACAAGCUGAAGAAGAAGAUGACCAACCCUCGUUCAGUCCUCGCCCACGGAGAUGCGGACCUGUUUAAGUUCCGCUGGCUCAUUCCGCUCUCUGCGCUGCAGGUCCGACUGGGGAACACUGCAGGAACAGGCACUGAGAGCAGCUGUAUCUGGGAGCUGAUUCACACCAGGUCUGAAGUGGAGGGGAGACCAGAGACUGUCUUCCAGCUGUGUAGCAGUGUGCCAGAGUGCAAGGUCAACAUCAUCAAGGUGAUCCGCUCCAUCCUCCGGGAGAAUGUGAGAAGGAACAUGAAGGGUGAGGGCAUAUUGGAGAGAAGCUGUAAGGAGCGCCUGGCUCCCCUGCGCAACACCCUCCCCUCCUCUGCCAGGAUAGGUUCCUCCAGGGCCUCCUGGUUGUAUAAGCAGCCUAUUGCUGACGUCCCGACCCAGGCUGAGAACCCCAAGUCUGGGUCAGACGUGGACGAGGGCAGCCUGAGCAGUGGAACUCACAGCUCCUCAGGGGGUCCUUCACCCUGCACCCCUUCAGACCCACCCCUUCUGUCCAGCCAGCAGAACUGGUCUCAAGGAACUGGGUGCCGUUCACAGCCCCUCUCCACCUCCAUGAAAGAAUCGGAUAUUUUAAGUGACGAGGACGACGAUGGGUUUAGCGAGACGGGGAGAAGGAGAAGGGAAAGCAGGCGAGGAGGAGGCUCUCCCACUAGCGCAAUUGAGGCUCAGUUCCUGCAACUUAAACUAUCAGAGGAAGCUGCUUCAAGGCUUCCGCUGGCCCCCCGUGUUCAACCUGAAGGAGUGGAGAUGGACACUCCAGAGACCCAACCCAAACUUCCACAGGGCCACUUGAACCCCGCAGAAAAGAAAAGUAGUGGUAGCUUCCGGAGGAACCAGGGGGUGCUGCUGAGUAUGAAGGAGCACAGCAGGUCGUUGGAUAGUCAGACGGAUGCAGCGGCAACCUCAGGAGCGGUGGACCUUAACGCGCUGCUUGAGAGAGAAUUCAGUGUGCAGAGUCUCACUUCAGUGGUCAACGAGGACUGUUUCUAUGACCCAGCUGAGAGCUGUGAAACCAAUGCCCCCGCCUCCUAGGGGCAAUGAUGGACAGAAAAGGCAAGACUAUAUCUAGGUCAAAGGUUGAAAGGUGAGAGGGGUGGACCAAAGCCCCUGCAAAGAUAGAGGGGAAACCCUUGUGGCUCCCUGCAGGUUCUACCAGUGUGAUGCUGUGCCUCAAGUUCAUUUAGGAAGUCACCCACCUGUUUCAUUGAGGUCAGGUGUAAAUGAUCUGCUCUGAUAGAAGCCUAUUGGCUGGGAGACGCUCAGUCGUGCUCCCCCCAACCCCCACCCGCAUGCCAUAGAGAGGCGAGGCGAGGUGAAUCUGUCCCAGUGGUAAUGACUGCAAUGAAUCUGCCAAGCACUGAUGCAUACCGUGGCUCUACCCAGCUCUUUAGGCUUUGCUGCCUCCUCACAAGCUGCCUGGGUGACAUACUCCUCUCCUCGUUUUCCUCCCAGCUCACAAUAACCAGCAGUGUUUAUUCGCUCUCCGUCUGGAUUCCUCUGAAGAAAUAUUCAUUGGAAGUUAGUUGGUACCUGCAGCCAUAAGCUAGUGUAUGUCAGUCCCCCAAAAAAUGACAAAAUCCCAUGUUGCAUUGGAACAGCAGGACACAGAGAUACAAUACCUAUGAGUUUGGUUCUAUGGCUGACUGGGCAGGUCAGCGAAUCCUGAGUUUUAAUCCAGGCAGAUCAGGCUGUUGUAUUUGGUUUCACAGAGCCAUAAAGGUUGCAACUUACCCCAAAGUACAUGCUUGUUAUUCAUUAAGAACAGUGGAAAAGGAAAGGAGGCACGGAAGCUGCUAUGGACCCACCCAAAGAGCUGCGCUUGUCUAGCCAGAUUUCCUGAGAGGGAAGAUGGAUUAAAUGAACAGGAAGGAGAUUGAUGUUAUCGCAACUCUGCCUUUUUGCUGUAUUUUGUGCACUAAAAUACACUGUUUGCCUAUAUAUUUGAGAUUUCCAUUUCUAUUUGUACAUGAGGGUUUUUUAUUGUUUUUAAAUGCUAUUUUUUAUUUAUUAAUAGGUUUGAUUUUGUAUAUGUUAGAAAAGUAUCCUUUUGGUUGAAUGCUUGAACUGCUGGAAAAAAAAAAAGAUUUUAGUCCACUUGUAAAAAGAUGCAAUACAGUGUUUUUUUUCCACAUUUUCCACAUUCUUUUACAUGUAGGCUACUGGGUUAAGGUUGUUGUUCUCUAAGGAUUGUAAUUUCCAGUGUUUACAUUGGAAUGUACAGGUGUUUCUGAGAUAAUGACUAUGCUUAAUUCAACAAUAUGAACUGCAAUAAUGUUUAAGACACACUGUUUCUUUUUUAUGUGUGUAUGUGUCCUGUAUAUACUCCAGAUUAACUGUGCUGUAAAUUUGACACAUUUAUACAUUCUUAUACAAACUUGACAUUGUACAGUUAAGAAACAAGGCAGGAAUUUGCAAUAAAUGCAGUGGAUAUUUUUGUAAAAGUAUACAUUUGGCAUAAAGUACAUAUUGAGGUACUAUAAAAUGCAAACCACUAGUGCAGUCUUUCCCUCCUUGGCUCUCAAUUUCAACAUGCCUUUUAUGCUAGCAUACCAAUGAAUGUGAAUGCCCCGUUCUUAUGGAACAGUUUUAUAAAAUAAAAGUUUUAUCUGUGAAUGACA